AUGGGCCAGCCAGACGCAGCCGAAAAUUGGCCGAACUCCUUGAGUCUCGUUGAGGCCAACAUUGAUGAUCUCCAAAAUGCGUUAUCGACAGGGUCCAUUACCUCGGUAGAGCUCGUGGCCCUUUACUUGCGCCGCAUAAGCAAAUACGAUUGUCGGGGACCAUGCCUGAACUCCAUCCCUCUGCUGAACUCUUCGGUCUUUGAAGAAGCCGCUGCUUCUGAUGAUCGCCGCCGAGGCGGUCAUGUCGGGCCUUUGGAAGGAAUUCCUUUUACGGUGAAAGACAGCUACAAAGUCAAGGGCAUGUCGGUCGCUUCUGGCUCUCCCGCCUUCAAAUCUUUGAUGUCAAACGAGGAUGCGUUCACCGUGGAAAAACUUCGGGAAGCAGGAGCGGUUCUAAUCGGAAAGACCAAUAUGCCUCCAAUGGCCUAUGGCGGCAUGCAACGAGGUGUUUAUGGCAGGGCUGAAAGUCCAUAUAACUUGGACUAUCUCACCGCCGCCUUUGCAUCGGGCUCCUCCAAUGGAUCGGCGAGCUCGACCAGCGCCAGCCUCGCAGCAUUUGGAAUGGGUGAAGAGACUGUAUCCUCGGGUCGAUCCCCCGCAUCCAACAAUGGACUCGUGGCAUAUACACCGUCGCGCGGAGCAAUUUCGAUCAGGGGGAACUGGCCUCUUUAUCCCACAUGCGACGUUGUCGUACCUCAUACACGCACCGUCAGAGAUAUGUUUGACUUGCUCAACGUCAUUGUGACUGAGGACAAGACCUCUUCGGGUGACUUCUGGAGAGAACAAAAAUAUGUCUCACUUCCCGAAAUAAAGGAUAUACGUCCAAAAUCAUAUCAUGACCUGGCUGACCCUAAAGCUUUGUCGAGAAAGAAGAUUGGAGUACCCAGGAUGUACAUUGGCAAAGAAGACAAUGCCGGAAAGCCCGUUACGACAUCCAGCUCAGUCAUUGAGCUUUGGGAGCAGGCCAGAUUACAGCUGGAGUCUCUGGGGGCUACGGUUAUAGAGACAGACUUUCCAGUCGUCUCGAAUUACGAGAAGGUACCCGGGGAAACAGCAUUCGUUGAAGGCGCACCUGAGGAAUGGAACAAGGUGGAGAGGAGUUCGAUGAUUGCCCAUAUUUGGAAUGACUUUCUUUUGGCCAAUGGCGACCGACAAAUACCAUCACUAGCUUCUACUGACACCGCGAGGAUCUUUCCGAUGGAGCCUGGAGCCAUUCAAAGCAGAUAUUCUGAGCCAGCAAAUGCUGUUCAGUUCCUCAAACUCCUGGAAUUCCUUAAACCUGAAGUACCAUCCACAUUGGAAAUUUCUGGUCUCGAGACUGCACUUUUGGCCCUCGAAAAUGCCCGGAAACGGGAUCUUGAAGAGUGGCUGGACAAGAACGACCUGGACUUCGUUGUCUUCCCAGCUAACGGCGAUGUUGGUCGCGCGGAUAGCGACCGGGUAGAUGCCUCCGCGAAACAUGCAUGGCAGAAUGGCGUUAAAUAUUCGAACGGAAAUCGAGCGAUACGACAUUUGGGAAUCCCGACCGUCUCGGUCACAAUGGGCACCAUGAAGGACACAGGCAUGCCCGUAGGACUCACGUUUGCCUCCAAAGCAUAUGACGAUUCCAAUUUACUUCGAUAUGCGUAUGCAUAUGAAACAGCUUCUAGAAAGCGCGUUCCACCGGGAUUGACACCAUCGCUGGAUACCGACAUCAUUCCCCGAUCCAUCGCAAGGCAAAUUGCUGGAGAUCGUCCCGCCUUGUCAGUGUCAAAGUCGAUCAAAUAUAAUUGUGGGGAAAUGGUCACCAUUGAACUUGCUGGAGAGGUUCAUCCGUGCACUGGUUCAGCCCUCCAAUCUCUAACUGUCUGUGUGGAUGGUGACUACGUCCAAGCUAUCCAAAUUGAGGGUUCGAAAUGGAGCCUUGCCACGACCGUGUACCCGCCACCCAAGCAAGACUUCCCCACCGAGGCAACAGUUCCUCGAGACCAAAUUACUGUAGUGGUUCUUGCAAAAGCCGACAAUGGCGCAGCAACAGGACAUCUUCUUCUCCUUGACUGA